UAAUAUCCAAGCACUUGAGCUAAGCUUGUGCCGGGCUCUUCCCACCUUAUCCAACCCUCUAAAACCCUGAGAACUAAACCCUCCAUCAAUGGCAGCUCAAUCCCACCCUCAAAAUCAAAGACCCAUUUGCUUCUAAAUUCGAAUCUCUUUAUACCAAGCUUUUCCUUAUUUUUCUGAACGAAUCAAUUUCUCAUCUUAACAUUCUGACAAAAACAGAAAUGGAACUUUCUUCUUCUUUCAUACAACUCUUCAAACCAUGUUCAUCCCCAACUUGUAACAACUACUCUUUCUCUUCUUCCUUCUCCACUUUUCCAAUCCAGUUUCGACCCCAAAACCAGAAAUUAGUGAACCAAACUUCACAGAACUUCCGAAUUUUCGCCGUUGCUGUGGAUCCACAACAAGAGCUUCCCCAAAACAGUCCCCAAAGACUCCUCAAAGAACUUGCCGAGCGUAAAAGGGCUACUUCUCCGAAGAAGAAGGUUCCCCCAAAGAGGUUCGUACUAAGACCGCCUUUGGAUGACAAGAAAUUAACAGAUAGGUUUCUCAAUAGCCCUCAAUUGUCGCUCAAGGCGUUUCCAUUGCUAAGUUCUUGUUUGCCUUCUUCGCGGCUUAACAAUGCGGAUAAGACUUGGAUGGACGAGUACUUGCUUGAGGCCAAGCAGGCCCUUGGAUACCCACUUGAGCCGUCGGAUAGGUUUGGAGACGAUAACCCGGCAAAGCAAUUUGAUACGCUGCUCUAUCUGGCAUUUCAGCAUCCGGCUUGUGAGAGGACGAAAACCCGGCACGUUCGGUCUGGCCAUUCGAGGUUGAGCUUUCUGGGUCAGUACGUGCUUGAACUGUCAUUGGCUGAGUUCUUCUUGCAGCGUUAUCCGAGGGAGUCACCGGGUCCAAUGAGAGAGAGGGUGUUUGCUUUGAUUGGGAAGAGGUUCUUGCCCAAGUGGAUUAAAGCUGCUAGUUUACAGAAUCUGGUAUUUCCAUACGAUGAUAUGGAUAAGAUGCUCAGGAAGGACAGGGAGCCCCCGGUGAAGUCUGUAUUCUGGGCUCUGUUUGGGGCAAUCUAUUUGUGCUUUGGUAUGCCAGAAGUGUAUCGAGUUCUUUUUGAAGUGUUUGGAAUGGACCCAGAAGCUGAGGACUGCCAGCCAAGAUUAAGGAGACAACUUGAAGAUGUUGAUUAUGUUUCAGUUGAAUUUGAAGGCAACAAACUCAGCUGGCAAGAUGUAGCUACCUACAAGCCUCCUCAAGAUGCUCUCUUUGCACACCCUAGGCUCUUCAGGGCUUGUGUUCCACCAGGUAUGCAUAGAUUCAGAGGAAAUAUAUGGGACUAUGACAGCAGACCCCAAGUCAUGAGAAACCUGGGAUAUCCCUUAGAUAUGAAAGAUAGUAAUCCAGACAUCACCCAAGCCAGGAACAUUGAACUUGGACUUGGGCUACAGUUAAGUUUCUUGCAUCCAUCAAAGCACAAGUUUGAGCAUCCCCGUUUUUGCUAUGAACGAUUAGAAUAUGUCGGCCAAAAAAUUCAGGAUCUUGUGAUGGCGGAAAGAUUAUUGAUGAAGCACUUAGAUGCACCUGGAAAGUGGCUGCAGGAGAGGCACCGCCGUGUUCUCAUGAACAAGUUCUGCGGGAGAUAUUUGAGGGACAGGCGUCUUCAUCAGUUUAUCAUCUACUCAGAAGAGGUUCAAGAUAAAUAUGAACACAAUCGAAGAUUAAGGAAUCCAGCCACAACUGCUGUUCAACAAGCCCUUCAUGGACUCUCAUACACUGUAUAUGGGAAGCCAGAUGUGAGGCGCCUCAUGUUUGAGGUUUUUGAUUUUGAGCAAAUCCAACCCAAAGCUGUGUAAAAAUAGGAAAAAGAGGACAAAAAAAGUAUUAAUCCAAUGCAAUAGAUUGGGUAAAAAAAAGGAAGAAUAGUAUAUACUUACACCAACCAAACUGAAUUGAAAUUUGUUACAUGUUAUUGUAUUUCUUAAUUCAUUUUAGAUGUGUCAAGGUGUUUUUUAUUCUGAUUAUUUAUCAUUAGGCAGUCUUGAAUGGUAGACAAUAUAGCUACUCCUGUGGAUGUAUAUGACCAUAAUGAUAGACUAGUGGGAGAGGCUGAUGCACCUAAUUUGGUCACAUUCCGUAGAGUUUAAUAUUGUAUCAUUUGAGUAUGUAAUUUUAUAUAUUUAUUUGAAUGCUCAUUUAAACGUCA